CGCCGGCUCGGCUGGAACGCUCCUCACCCACCGGAGCGAUAGGACGGCGCACCCAACCUCUCGACGUCGACCUCGUUGACGCCGACGUCGGCGGCCGCAUGCGCUGCCGCCGACCCGGGUGCCGCCGUCGCCAUGCCGCGCCGACCAUCGUCGGCCGCGCCGUGAACCUCGCGCUUCCCCCACGACGACGCCGCUUGAGGUAGACCCGGGGCGCGACGCUAACUUCCGUCUCUCCGAUGGGGCGCACCCCGCUGCUGCCCCGGUCUCGCAGUCUGCCGAGCCAAGCUCCGCGCGGGUCGCUGCAGCCUGAGUGAAGGGUUGCCGACCCUGCCUUUGCCUUGCUCGAGCGGGACAGAGGACGCGUUCUUUAUUUUCAUUACGGGCCGAGCGCAGAGCCAGGCCGCCGGCGCUCGACCCACCUGCGGGUCCCCGCGGGACACUUUCACACUCGCCGCUCAGCGGAACCGGGAACACCCUUCGGGGACACCCUCCUGGACACCAGGCCCCUGCCGGCAGCGCCACGUGUAGGAGGGAUGCGUGUGUGAACCCAAAGGGAGAAGACCCUCAUACCGGCCUACGAUGAUGUCACUGCUACUGUUCCUGUGCACCUUGGGCGCCACGCUGACCGUCUCCCAGUCGGGCUACGCCCCAGGCUGCAAGGAGUACCUGAAGACCUGCCUGGACCAGCUGCCCGCCAUCCUAAGCCAGCACGAGCUGAAGGGCAUCCCUACCAGCCUGCAGGAGCUCGACACGGCCUGCCAUGCAUUCACCACGGGCAUGACCUGCGUGGACAACUUCACUCGCAACUGCCUGGAGAAAGACAAGCAGAAGUGGGUGGAGAACACUGUGGCUGGAGCCAAAGCCACGUUCAGCAUGUUAUGCAAGAACAAGGCCUUCCGAGAUCAGUAUCUCAAAUACUCCUCCUGCUUCCUCAAGUCGUCUGUAAAUGAAGGCUGGGACCACUGCGCCGGCCGAUUUAUCGGCCUCGUCCAAGAGGAGAUGGCGAGGAACAGCUCCAGGCACGAGGAGCGCAUCAUGGAGCUCUGCUGCGCCCGCCACGGCUUCCUCAAGUGCGUGUACGGACUGGCCAAGCACAAGUGCGGGACCAGCAGCGCGGUGUUUCUGCGCAGCAUCGCCGAGACGCUCUCGUCGGUGAGGGUCGAGUCCAAGGUCUGUCGCCUCGUCAGCUACGCGCAGUGCUCCGGGUCGGCCCGGACGGCACAGCGCACAGCGCCGCCCGCCGCCUGGUUGGGGCUGAUCGCGGGGCUUGCCCUGUACCGUGUGUACCAGCUGUGAAAGGGCACGCAGUCGUCUUAUUAUUAUUAUUAUUAUUAUUAUUAUUAAGUAAAUAAAUAAGUGUUCCGUUUCUUAUGUCAGAGUCUAUCCUUUCCAAAACGUAUACAGAGUCACGCUGUGCCGUUGGUAACGGCAUUCCCUGUUGUUUUGUUUUUCCU